AACACGCGUCAUAAAUUCAAUAUUUGUUUUAAAAGACGAACCAGAAAAAAAAUAUUAACCCAUGUAUUAAUUUCUCGCAAGAUAUAAGGAUUUCAGCCGCAGCCUGACAUACAGCGAAUCCCACCUGAUAGACAUUACCCAGGGUAAAAUGAAUCCCUUCAACAGCAUAACAAACCCCGGAAAAGGGAAGCGGAAGAUGAGCUAAACGGCUAACAGGAAUGAAGUUGGAAAACACCUGGAAUAAACUUGUGUUUAAAUGGCCACAUAUUGACAACGACAACAACUUAGAAAUACAAAAUUGAAAUUACAACUUGUUUGUCGUGGCGAAACUUGUCGGUUAUUGCACAGAAUGCGUAGCUAACAGUUAGCUCAAUCUGACAAACAGCUGCAACAGCAUCACCGACACCGAUGACAGAGAUUUAAAGGCCAGUUCGUGGUGAUUCUUAAAAGUCCCUGCUGGAUUCAACCAAAUCCUGCCGAGUUGUUUCAUCUCAGGUUGAAUAUGGCUGUGCUGCCUUUUUGUUAAAUGAGUAGUUGUGGAUUGAUGCUCGGCCCUCCUCCUUCUCUCCUGUGCUCUGUGUGAAAGAUGACCUAACUGAUUCACUGGAUCCAGCUUCACACCACAAUGGCUGGGAUAGCCUGGUACCAAGAGAAGAUCGGGGCCUAUGAUCAACAAGUCUGGGAGAAAUCUCUGGAGAAGGCAGAUCUAAAUGGUUUGGACAGCAAACCAAAGAAGACGGGUUACAUCAAGCAAGACCUCAUUGAUGUCGACUUAGUAAGAGGAUCCACUUUCAGCAAAGCCAAACCAGAGAGUCCCUGGACAGCUCUGACACGAAAAGGUCUGGUUAGAGUGCUGCUGUUCCCGUUCUUCUUCCAUUGGUGGAUCCAGGUCACCUCCAAGUCCAUCUCAUCAUGUAUCAUUCUCCUCUACUUCAUGCAAGUGGCAGCAGCGGUGUUGUACUUGGAGGUCCCCGGGGCAAAUGCCAGUGAGGUGUUUGGACCUGUUUGUCUGAUGCUGCUGCUGGGCACCGUGCACUGCCAGAUUGUGUCAACGGAGUCCAGCAGGUGGCCCUCGGGCAGUCCAGUUGCCAGCAGCACCACCACCAGCCCUGCACGCAGAAGGAGGCCAAGGAAGAGCAGAGGACUAAAAAAAUAUGAAGAAAAAAAUGACAGAGAGGACUCACAAACACAGGAGUCCUGGCAGUUUGAAGAAGGAGAGCAAUCAUACAGCGAUAAGGAGAGGAGGAAAAAAACAAAGUCAGGUUUUGGGGCAUCUGAUGAGUUCUCUAGUGAGGAAGAGGAGGGAGUAGAACCAGUUGAAAAGAUUUACCCAUCAGAUCAUCAAGACAGUCAACCUGCUACAACCUGGUCGACAUCUGUGUCUUCUGUUAGACAGAGAAGCCUGAAAUCUAACUCCAAACCUACAGUAAGACAGGAAGUGAUUGGAGCUUCCAAAAAAGUGGCACCUCGAGCGGUGGACCGCCUCAGGCCAAGCAUGGGCUCCCGUCCUGCUUCCGACACUGACGACACAUUGUGGGAGGAGCUUCUCCAAGGGCCUGACACUGCCUCUACAGGAAGCAGUGACAGCGAUGGGGAUGGGAGGUUCACCUCUGGUUUGGCACUUCCUCAAACAACCACGCUGAGCAGUGAUGAUGACGGCCUACAGCAGGGAAUCACUGGAGGCCAUUUAUCUUGGCUUCAGGCAUGUCACCCAUCCAAGGACCGUGUCAGUGCCAUAAUAUGGGAGCAGGGCGAGUGUAAGAAAGCAGAUAUGUCUGUGCUGGAGAUCAGUGGGAUCAUCCUUACACGGGUUAAGUUAGUGGAGCAGGGUAUGGGUUACCUGGUCCUUGGCGGACUCAUGACUGCCACCCUAGCGCUGCUUCCGGUCGCCUUUCGCUUGGCUCAGCAUCUGGAGAAGUUGUCCCUCAGCUCACUGUCUCUGGCACAGCUAGGAGAAAUUGUGGUUGGGCCGACUGAUGUCCAGACCUACACUUUUUUCUUCAUCACAAUGGUGCAAAGAGUCUGCCUCACUGGAUUGUUCUUCUUCAUGAUGUGUGUGGCCGAGAGAACGUACAAACAGAGACUUUUAUUUGCCAAGUACUUCAGCCACAUCACUUCAGCUCGCAAGGCCAAGAAAUCUGAGAUACCUCAUUUCAGGUUGAAGAAAGUGCAGAACAUAAAGAUGUGGUUGUCCCUGCGCUCAUUUCUCAGGAGACGAGGGCCCCAGCGCUCUGUUGAUGUCAUUGUCUCCUCUAUUUUCCUGUUGGCACUUUCCAUUUCAUUCAUCAUCUGUGCUCAGCUAUUGCACAGCCACAAGACAUUCCUGGAGUCGCUGACAAACUGGGAGCUGAUGGUUUGGGCCUCGUCCCUCAUCUUAUUUCUGUUACGACUGGCCACGCUGGGCUCAGAGACCAACUGUAAAUAUAGCAACUCCUCAGUGCUCCUCACUGAGCAGAUCAAUUUGUAUCUCAAGAUGGAAAAAAAGCCCAAUAAGAAAGAAGAACUCAGUAUAGUGAACAAUGUUUUGAAACUAGCCACAAAACUGAUGAAGGAGCUGGAUACUCCGUUCAGACUGUUGGGUCUGACGGUAAACCCUCUGAUCUAUAACAUCACCAAAGUGGUCAUCCUGUCUGCAGUGUCUGCGGUGGUCAGUGACCUGCUCGGCUUCAACAUUAGACUAUGGAAAAUCAAGCCUUAAUGUGAAAACAGAAAAAAACACUAAAAGUCGGACACUGGAGACCAGAGUGCAACCCUACUGACAGUAUAUUCCUAAUCUGUGCCUUUCAACUCAAACGUCUGAGUUUCGUCAGUUCACAAGCCUGAGAUGCUCUGACAAUCGCUCACACACCGUCACUGGCUCCUGGAAGCUGGUUUGGAAAUUCACAGUUAAGUGCACAAGCCCAGUGCCUAACCUCUCAUAACCCAUGAAUGUUCCCCAGCAUGUUGUUAAAUAUAGCAGUGAGUUGACAUUAGUUCAGGCCUAUGUGGCUUCCAAAUUUCCAACCUGUGUAUUAUAAAGGUUUGUGGACACAUUGUGACAAACUAAUUGUAGAUAAAGAUGUGGGUUAUUAAGGUUGUUUUUUUUCCAGUUUAAUGCUAUAUAACUAUAAAGAACGCUAUCUGUUGGCCCUGCUCUACUUUCAUAGGAACCUACCUUGAUUUUAACAAUUUUGUACUAUUUAAUAAUAAGGAAAUAUUGACUGUAAGUAGCUUUUUUAUUUAUUUGGGAUUCUGUUAUAGCACUUAAACUUGUAAGGUUACCUGACUGUAAAUCAUGACUUUUGAGCACUAUCAGCCUUUUAUAUUGCAGACCAUUGUAAAAUAAAAUAACUAUGCAAAGAGAUUAUGGUUAUGAUAAAAUAAAUUGUUUGAUAAAGGUGAAUAAAAUCAUCCAUGGA